AUGAGGCUAGGCUGGGUCCGAGGGCUGGCCCCUUUGCUGGCCAUGGCUGCUGGAAUACUCUACAUCACAUCCAUUAAGUGGGAGGUUCAUUCUCAUGGGGAGAGACUGCAGAGGGCCCAUCAGAAUGACUCGUCCAGGGGCCAGGACAUGCUCAAGAGGCUGGAGAAGAUGGAGGCUCACAUUGAGAAGCUGUUGAAGUCAAUCAACAACGGGAUCAGUCUGAAAGAGGGGCAGGCUGUGAAGGCUCCCGAGGUCAAGAAGGAGAGGAAGGUGGUGAAGAAGUUGUACCCAAACUCAGCUCUGUUUACAAGCUGGGGUGAUGAGCUCUCAGAGGAGGAGCAGAAAGAGGCAGAGGGGCUGUUUCAGGUGUAUGGAUACAACGCCUUCCUGAGUGACAGACUACCCCUGAACAGGGAAAUCCCUGAUACUCGCGAUCCUAAAUGUGCUAAUCACCAGUAUCCCCAUGACCUGCCCACCAUCAGCGUGGUGUUGAUCUACUUGGACGAGGCCCUGUCAAUCAUCAAGAGAGCCGUCCGCAGCAUCAUAGACAAGACCCCCCAACGCCUGCUCAAAGACAUCAUACUGGUGGAUGACCACAGCUCCAAUGAGGAUCUAAAGGAGAAGUUGGAUGCCUACAUCAGCUUCAUCCAUGAAGAGCGUCCUGGCCUGGUGAAGAGAGUGAGACACUCAGAGCAGCUCGGUCUCACACAGGCCCGCCUCUCAGGGUGGAGGGAAGCUACAGGAGAUGUGGUGGCCAUCUUGGAUGCCCACAUAGAGGUCCAUGUGGAAUGGGCUGAGCCUCUGUUAGCUCGGAUAAAGGAGGACCGCACGUUAGUGUUGACACCGGUGUUUGACAAAGUCCAUUUCGAUGACUUGACCGUCACACGCUAUGGGCCUGCUGCAGACACCUUUGACUGGGCCCUGUGGUGUAUGUACGAGCCCUUCAGACCUGAGUGGUAUGCCUUGAAAGACGAGUCACAGCCAGGAAAGAGCCCCUCCAUUAUGGGCAUACUAGUGGUUGAUCGCCUGUUCUUUGGGGAAAUUGGUGCUCUGGAUGGUGGUAUGAAGAUCUAUGGAGGUGAAAAUGUUGAACUGGGUAUCCGGGUGUGGCUUUGUGGUGGAAGUGUCGAGGUCAUACCUUGUUCUAAAAUAGCCCACAUCGAGAGGGCCCAUAAACCCUAUCUCCCCGACCUGAGCAUUACAAUGAAGAGGAAUGCUCUGAGAGUGGCUGAGGUCUGGAUGGAUGACUACAAACAUAAUGUCAACAUUGCCUGGAACAUCCCACUGAAGGAUCAUGGCAUAGACAUUGGGGAUGUUUCAGAGAGGAAGAAGUUGAGAAAGAGGCUGAACUGCAAACCCUUCCAGUGGUAUCUGGAUAACGUGUAUCCCAUGUUAGACCCCCUGGGUGACUUGCUUGGUUAUGGAGCUCUGGUCAAUGAUCUGAAGAUGGACCUCUGUAUAGAUCAAGGCCCAUUUCCAGGGAACAUACCUAUUUUAUUUGGAUGCCAUUAUUAUGGUCCUCAGAGCUGUUAUUAUCGAGCCAGUAGGGAGAUCUACAUUGGAGGCAUUAGGUCUCAUAAGUACGACAGUAAUCGCUGUCUGGUGGAUACUGGCACUCAAACCCCAGGACUGUAUGAGUGCAAGGUGGCCAAGCAGAAGGGAUUCCACAUGCUCUGGGACUUCCAACAGGGAAAAGCCAUCCAGAACAGACAGACAAAGAGAUGUCUGGAGAUUGCCCCAGGGGAGGACACUUACUACCAGCUCAUCAUUCAGGAGUGUAGUGGGCAGCAAUGGAACAUACAGAAUCUGAUUAAAGACUUCUGA